GCUACACCACAACAAAACCCCAAGUGAAAUUUUGAUGUCGGUAUUGGAACAAUGCGUAAGCCUAUAGGCCUUAUACCUUGGGAGGAUAUGUCCCUUUCGUAUCUUUUAAUGUUUUAACUUGUUCCAAACUAACCGUUGCUACAAAUAAUAAUCCAGAGAGCUUUUUCUACGGCUCAUCUCCUACACUAUACCGCUCUCAACUUGGAUCAUCGAUCAUCUACUUUUCCCUCUCAGCUCAGCCCAGCCCAGCUGUAUCGAUUAUGGAUUUCCAUGCGGCCAAGAAGUCGCUUGGGACUUUCUUUGAUGAUGAUGAAGAACAAAAGCCCAUCCAAUCACCUACUCAUCUCUCGUUUGUAGCCCCCCAUCAUCAUCAACAACAAUCGGCGGCUGGUCAUCAAUAUGAUCCCCAGUUGAGUCCCGAAAGGCUUUCCUCCGCGUCUUUGGUCCACAUUGCACCGCCCAGUCCGGUUUCGCCAUGGACACUCUCUCCUAUCCACACACCCUCACCCUCUCUACUCUACCACUGUGUCGCCUCACUCCAUCGACACGAAGGCAACAUCUUCUCCAUCGCAGUCCUCAAGGGAUUAGUCUUCACAGGUUCUGAGAGCAGCCGGAUUCGUGUAUGGAGGCAACCCGACUACGUCGAGCGCGAGUUUGUCAAGACAAGUUGCGGUGAAGUUCGUGCAAUUUUAGCCUUUGGCAACACUCUCUUCUCAGCACAUAGAGACCACAAAAUCCGUGUAUGGAAUGUGUCGAUUUCAGACAGUUUCAGUUGUAAGAAGGUGGCGACCUUACCUCGCCGAAGCGCGUUUCUGUUGUUUCCGAGAACAAACGCCCAGCAACACAAGGACUGCAUCUCUUGCCUUGCCUACUACCAUGCAGAAGGGCUGCUGUACACAGGUUCUUGGGACAAAACAGUGAAAGCUUGGAGGGUGUCAGAUAAGAGAUGCAUCGAUUCAUUUGUGGCACAUGAAGACAAUGUCAACGCAAUCGUGAUCAACCAAGAAGAUGGAUGCGUCUUCACUUGCUCCUCCGAUGGAUCCAUCAAAAUAUGGAGGAGGGUGUUUGGGGAGACCGCACAUACUCUCACCAUGACACUAAGAUUCCAACCAUCACCUGUCAAUGCACUGGCCUUGAGCUGCUCCCAAAACGAAAACGAUUGCUUCCUGUACUCGGGGUCUUCAGAUGGGUUCAUUAAUGUGUGGGAGAAGGAGAAAGUUUCGGGUAGAUUCAACCAUGGAGGAUACCUACACGGCCAUCGCUUUGCGGUUCUGUCGUUGGUAGCUAUAGACAAGCUGGUGUUCAGUGGGUCGGAGGACACGACCAUAAGGGUGUGGAGGAGGGAGGAGGGGUGCUGCUUUCAUGCGUGUCUAGCAGUGUUGGACGGUCAUCGCGGGCCGGUGAGAUGCCUGGCCGCUACCUUGGCGAUGGAGAAGGCUGUAAUGGGCUUCUUAGUCUACAGUGCAAGCUUGGAUCGUACGUUUAAGGUAUGGAGGGUUAAGGUUUUCCCCCAGGAAACAAAGGUGGUGAAUCUGGAAGACACAGAGAAGCCCGAUCAUCAUAAUAAGACAAAACUCAUGGAGUACGAGAUGUUUCCGGUUCUAUCGCCAUCGUGGGUCGAAAAGAAGCGUCAAGGUAACCAUUUACGUUAACAGAGAAAUGACUGCUGGUGAAUGGUGAUUAUACCAGAUCGAGAAUGAAGAAGAGAAGCCCGGCCAAUUGUUUAUCCUGAAAGCAUUUUACUUUUUACUUUUAAUUUAAUUUGCCUAGUUUUAGUAGGUACGUGUACGUAGUUAGUUAGUUAAUAACUAGCUAGUGUUUAUAUUUUAUACAUAAUAAUAAGGGAAUACUAAUGUGCGAAUUGAUCUUUGUGAAAAAUAAAUGUGGCCUUAAAUUC